AUGUCAAAAGUCAAUCAGGAACUCUAUGAAAGAGCAUUACAGAUAAUAAAUUAGGACACAUAGAUAUAUCAAAAAUUAAAUGCAACUCAAUUUGAUAAAGGAUUGGAUCUUUUUGAAAUUUAUUCAGAAUGUUAUGAUAUUAAUGUUGUUGCUAACAAUAAUGUCUAAAGAAUAAUAACAUCUAUUGAUUUAGAAAACAAAAGUAUUUAUGAAAAAGAAAAUGAGUUUGAAAAAAAUGAUGCUUUAAUUUAGUUAUAAUUUUUACUCAAAUAAUUAUAAAACUAGUAAUCAAGUGAUACCAGAUAUUAGCAAAUUAUAGCUGUUACUGAAGAACUUAUAUCUUUUAUAGAAAACCAUAGUGAUCUUUGUAAAAGAUUCCGAAUAUAAAGUGAUCAAUUAAUAUACUUAAGAAUAUGUGGUUAAGAUCCUGUUUAAUCACUUGUUUUAAAAUCUGGACUAAAUUUAGUAUUGAAUUAUUUAAUAAUUUAGCUUACUGAGUGGUUGGUGGUGAUGUUAUACAAAUUUAGAAUACACAAAAAAAUUGAGUUUGAAGCUAAAACUUAAGCAAGAUAUUAAGCAAACGUGGAGUUAGAGUUUGUCUUGAAGACGUAGGAUUAAGUCAUAUAAAACAAAAAGGAAUAUUAAUAAAGAAUAAGGGAAACUUUAUUUGCAGACUAAUUGGUGAUGGCAGAGAUCUUAUCAGAGGGAUUUGCUUUAUCAAAAUUAACAGAAUAUUUAGUUGGAUCAUUGUAAGGGGGUUGCUGUGAGAUUGGUUAAUGGGUAAAGAGUGUGAAAUAGAUUGCAAACUUGAAAUUAAAUGGUAUAUCGAAUACGUUUGAUAACAAGUGA